CUUUUCGCCCCCACAUCCCACUUACGCCGCAACCACCACUACUCCUAUUCCUCCACCACCACUCCACCUCCACUCUUGAAAUUAAAAAAUUACUACUCCGUGACUGCAAUCAUACAUAAUUUAGUCCGCCCCACCGUCAGCGUAUAUCUUCAAACAAGUCCAUUUGAAGCCACUCUACUUUUUUAUAACUCCAUUUUGCUGCAACAGAAGAACUAGGAAAAUUGGUGGUGGUGGUGGUUCAUGUGGAAUCGACAAUGGGGAAUUUCAUGUCUUGUUCAUCUUCUUCUUCUCAAUCGAAACAAGUAAAAAAGAAGCUGUUUCCAAAACGUUCUUCUUCUUGUAAAGAUAAUAAUAAUAAUAAUCAAUCUUCUAGAUGGAGUAGAAAUCGAUUUUCUAAAAAAGAUGAUUCUCUACUUAAUCAAGAAGAUGCAAUUGCUGCUGCUAUUUUAUUCCAACAACAACAAUUACAGAAUGGGGGUGCAUUUGAUCGGUCUACUUCGUUAAGAUACACCAGUGGCAAUAAUUCAAAGAAACAACAGGCUUUACCAAGGAGUUCAAGUUCUAGGGCUAGAUCAGUUUCUGAUACUAUUCUUCAACCCCAUCAGCUUCUUAAUCAGGAACUGAAAAUUGAUGAAUUGGAGACAUCACAUUUUGUACUUGUUCAUGGAGGUGGUUAUGGUGCUUGGUGUUGGUAUAAAACCAUGUCAUUAUUGGAAGAAGCUGGAUUCAAAGUUGAUGCAAUUGACUUAACUGGUUCUGGGAUUCAUUCAUGUGACACAAACACUAUUAAAUCUCUUGCUCAGUAUGUUAGCCCAUUAGUACUUCUUCUUCAAAACCUCCAAGAUGGUCACAAGGUUAUUUUGGUGGGUCACGACUUUGGGGGUGCAUGUAUAUCGUACGCCAUGGAGUUAUUUCCACACAAAAUUGCAAAAGCUAUUUUUAUUGCUGCCUCAAUGUUGACUGAUGGGCAAAGCACUCUCGACAUGUUCAAUCAACAGUCAGGUUCGAACGAUUUGAUGCGGCAAGCACAGGUGUUUUUAUAUGCAAAUGGAAAUGAUCACCCUCCAACUGCUAUUGAUCUUGACAAAUCGUUAUUGAAAGACUUGUUAUUUAACCAAAGUCCUGCUAAGGAUGUUGCAUUGGCUUCAGUGUCGAUGAGGCCAAUCCCCUUUGCACCAGUUCUUGAGAAGCUCUCUCUUUCUGAGAAAAAUUACGGCGCUGUGCGUAGGUUUUAUAUAGAAACGACAGAAGAUGAUGCAAUACCUUUAUCUGUACAACAAAACAUGAUAACUUCAAACCCUCCGGAAAGGGUUUUUAGGAUAAAAGGCUCCGAUCACUCGCCUUUCUUUUCGAAGCCUCAGUCUUUACACAAGCACUUGGUGGGAAUUUCAAGCUUCCCUGCAACAGAAAAGUGUGGUGAUUCCGUAAUUGGAUAACCACACAGUGAAUGAAUGUUUCGUCAUGCAAAGUGUCAUAGAUAGGCCAGUUAUUGAUGUUUGAUCCUCCAGUGUAAUGUACAUGGAAAUGCCAUGCCAGGGAAACUAUUUUUUUGUAACCUUAUUUGGCUAACAUUAUUUCGUGCCACUUAUAUUAUAAUGAGAUAUAUUCCUUGUUAGUUAUGGACU